AUGAAUCGCUACACGAGUGAGUCGAACAAAAGUUUGGGAAUACCUUUCAGCAACGGAAUGUUGAUUGGUGGUGAAAUCGUAGAUCCGAGGUAUGACACCGAUCCUCGGAGCAGAAUCGAACAGUUGACGACAAGAAACCUGAAUGUGACCAUACCAAACCAUCAGACUUUUCCCGGUAAUAAUCCCAUACAUUUUAACCCUGACAUGAGAAACAAUUUCCAACUGACGUAUUCUCCAACCAUCGUCGUUAACAUUGGCGAUGAGGAAAGGCGAAAUAGAAACACCCAAUCAUUUCGUCGUGACGAGCAAAGGGUAAUGGAACAUGGGCGAUUCCAAGAGCGUAUUCCACCACAUUACGCACCGGAAAGAUACCCCAAUCGUGACAUCAGUGAUCGAUAUCCCAGCAAUUACUACUCCGACAGUCCAUACCCUGAACGAAACGAGCAUGAUUAUCAUUCCCGACGUGAACGCCCCGCCAGAGUUUCGCUUGGGUCGAAUUGCAAUCAUCAAUCCGAAAAUAAUCGGUACCCAGAUUAUCACUCUGAGAAUAAUCGAAAUUAUUACUACGAAAGCAAUCGAAACGUUAGUCACUCUGGGUGUGAUCGAAAUCAACAACACUGCGAUCAUUACUCAAAUAAUCAGUACCCAGUUUAUCACUCUGGGAAUGAUCGAAAUCAACACUGCGAUCAUUACUACCAAAAUCGAAAUCCUGAUUGUCAUAGUCACAGCGAAUAUGAUCGAAACACACGACGCCAUAAUUAUUCGGACCACGAGCACCCACCAUCCAAUAUUGAACGAUCUCCAGCAUGUGUCCAACGCGUCCAACGAAAAAGUGUCACCAGAGAUUUAGUUGGCAAACACGUCCCUCGUUGCCAACCUGCUGUUCAUCAGGCUAACCCAUCACCAAGGACUAGAUGUAGCGCCUCACCAGCUGCAUCAUCUUGCCCAAAGAUUUGUCAGGCUAAAAAUCAUGCUAAAAAUAUAAAAUUGUCCGUGAGCUGGUUCAUUCCAGCAGGUGGUGCUGCCGCACCUGAUUUGAGGCAAAUCCCAGCAGCUGACGUUAGGCCUACACAUGAGUCUGAUAACCCGGAUUCCGCACCAGACCCGGCACAAGAAUAUGAUGACAUGGACCCGACAGCACAAGAUACAGAUGUUCUGCAAGAGCACGAUGAUACUGUUGUAGCACCACAGCAAAUAGAAGAAAAAGAUCAGGAAGUGGGUGUUCCGGAGAACGUUGAUGAACCGCACCAUGAACCGCAGCAUGAACAAGAUGAACCGCAGAAUGAACAGCAUGAACCACAGUAUGAACAGGAGGCUGGCGAUGAUACAAAUGAUGAACAUCAGCAGCAUGAACAAGAUGAACCGCAUCAGAUUGAACAGCAUGAACCGCAGUAUGAACAGGAGGCUGGCGAUGAUACAAAUGAUGAACAUCAGCAACAUUUGUACCCAAAUAUACAGGAUCUACAAGAACCCUUGCAAGAACCGGAUGAAGCUCCGGAAAUGGAAACAGCCACAGUAGAAGGGAAAGACGAGGGCUUGGUACAAGAACCGGAAGAUCUCUCCGUACCAGAAGAAGAUGACCAACAUUACGACGAAGAUGUCUCGGAAGCAGCACCAAAUGAUCCCAUAGAUGAACCUGUAGAUCCCAUCAUAAAUGUACCAGACUCAUACGUUGAUGAAAUUCCCCCGAAGAGCCGAAAAGGGUUUAUGGGAUCUGUUUCAAAUAUGUUUAAAUCAAAGAGGCAAGAAACUAGCGACAGAAUGAAAGAAGGAAUCCGAAAUACUGCUGAAAAUAUGAAACAAAAGGCAAAAGAUGCUGCCGAAAGACAGGCGGAUAGAGCGAAAGAAAUGUUGAAGAGAAAAGCUGAUGCGGCCAAAGAAAUGAGAAGUGACUGGAAGAAGAAGAUGGAAGAAAGUGACUGGAAGAAGAACAUGGAAGAAAGUGACUGGAAGGAAAUGGCCGGAAGAAUAAUGUACGGAGAGGAUGCGACUGGAAGAGAAGUGACCGGAAUAGGAACAUGGAAGAAUGUGACUGGAAGAGGAAUGACCGGACCGGAAGAUGUAAGAGAAGAACUCAACUGGAAAUGA